CCGACUCGACACCGCGGACCAGGGAUGCAGCGAGGGCGCAGCGCAGCCUGAAAAAUGGCACCGCCAACACCACCACGCGUACUGUGGAUCUAUCCCUCCUUUUACCUCUACUCUUUCCUGUUCGUUUCUUGUGGAGCUUUACGGAAUUACCCAGACAAUGAAGUUACAUUGUUGGAUUCUAUGUCCGCUCUGGCUGACCUGGGCUGGGAGGCAUAUCCAAAUGAAGGGUGGGAAGAGAUCAGUGUCAUGGACGAGAGGAACACGCCUAUGCGGACCUACCAGGUGUGUAACGUGAUGGAGGCGAACCAGAACAACUGGCUGAGGACGCGGCACAUCAGCAGAGAGGGAGCACAGAGAGUGUACAUCGAGAUCAAGUUCACUCUGAGGGACUGUAACAGCCUUCCAGGAGUGCCUGGCACUUGCAAAGAGACAUUCAACAUGUACUACUAUGAGUCCAACAAUCCCAACCUGUGGUUCAUCAAAGAGAGUCAGUACGUCAAGAUAGACACCAUCGCUGCAGAUGAGAGUUUUACACAGGUGGACGUGGGCGACCGUGUGAUGAAGCUGAACACAGAGGUGCGGGACAUCAGCAACCUCAAUAAGAAGGGCUUCUACUUGGCCUUCCAGGACCUGGGUGCCUGCAUUGCCCUUGUGUCCGUGAGGGUCUUUUAUAAGAAGUGCCCCUUGACUGUACUGAACCUGGCGCAGUUCCCAGACACCAUCACGGGCGGAGAUACAGCUCUGGUGGAGGUGCACGGAGUGUGUGUGAACGCCUCGGAGGAGUUCGAGGCGCCCAAAAUGUACUGUAGCGCAGAUGGAGGCUGGCUCGUGCCCAUCGGGAGGUGUGUGUGCAAGCCCGGCUUUGAGGAAAACAAGGAUGUCUGCCAGCCGUGCAGACCUGGUACAUACAAGGCCUCAGCCACAGACGCCUACUGCACCAAAUGUCCUCCUCACAGCUCAUCUCCUCAGGAACAGGCCACUGAGUGCAUGUGUGAGAAGGGCUACCACAGAGCCGAGACUGACCCGCGCUCCAUGUCCUGCACACGUCCUCCCUCUGCCCCUGAAAACCCCAUCUCCACUGUGAAUGAGACGUGUGUGACCCUGGAGUGGUCUGCGCCUCGGGACACAGGGGGGCGGGGUGACAUCACCUACAGCCUCCACUGCAGGAAGUGCUCUGGCGACGGGAGAAAAUGCUCCCCCUGUGGCAGCAGUGUGCACUUUAUCCCCCGACAGUUUGGUCUCUCCUCCACAACUGUGCUAGUCACUGACCUGCAACCAGACUCCAACUACAGCUUCACCGUGGAGAGUCAGAACGGAGUGUCCGAUUUAAGCCCUACACCCCGGGGAACAGUGGUCAUCAACAUCACCACCUCACAGACAGUGAGCGUUGUGCUGAAGGAGAGGCGGAGCAAGGACAGUGUGACUUUGGCCUGGCAGGGUCCGGAGCGACCCAAUGGAGCCAUAGUGGAAUAUGAGGUCAUCUAUUACGAGAAGAACCAGCGUGAGCAGAACUAUACUGUCCUGAAAACUCGCUCCAACAUGAUGACAGUGGACGGCCUCAAGCCAGGGACCACCUACGUGUUCAGGGUCAGGGCGCGCACAGAUGGGGGCUACGGCAGCUACGGGGGAGAGAUCGAGCUGGAGACUAGUCACGAAGAUGUUCUGGCCAUUGGAGACCCAAAUCAAUCCACUAUCCUCGCUGUGUCCAUUGCUGGGGGUAUUGUGCUCCUCAUCUUUCUGGUCACCUGCUUUGUUGUGAGUGGAAGGCAUUGUGGCUACAUCAAGGCCAAACAGGAUCCUGAUGAAGAGAAGAUGCAAUUUCAGCAUGGGCGAGUCAAACUUCCUGGCAGCAGAACGUACAUCCACCCUCACACCUAUGAAGACCCCAACCAGGCAAUACGGGACUUUGCCAAAGAGAUUGAUGCUUCCAAUAUCCGAAUAGAAAGAGUGAUAGGAGCAGGAGAGUUUGGAGAAGUGUGUAGCGGUCGCCUGCGGGUGCAAGGAAAAAGGGAGAUCUACGUAGCCAUUAAGAGCCUCAAAGCAGGAUACUCAGACAAACAGAGGCGGGACUUCCUGUCAGAGGCAUCAAUCAUGGGACAGUUUGACCACCCCAACAUCAUCAGGCUGGAGGGAGUCGUCACCAAAUGUAAGCCCGUCAUGAUCAUAACAGAGUUCAUGGAGAAUGGGUCACUGGACACGUUCCUCAAGAAACACGAUGGUCAGUUCACAGUGAUCCAGUUGGUGGGCAUGCUGCGUGGCAUUGCCUCUGGGAUGAAGUACCUGUCAGACAUGAGCUAUGUGCACAGAGACCUGGCAGCGCGCAACAUCCUGGUCAACAGUAACCUGGUGUGUAAGGUGUCCGACUUCGGCCUCAGUCGAGUUCUGGAGGACGACCCGGAGGCUGCGUACACCACCAGGGGAGGAAAGAUCCCCAUAAGAUGGACAGCCCCAGAAGCUAUAGCCUACAGGAAGUUCACCUCCGCCAGUGACGUGUGGAGUUAUGGCAUAGUCAUGUGGGAGGUGCUUUCAUAUGGAGAAAGACCUUACUGGGAGAUGUCCAACCAGGAUGUGAUUAAAGCAAUAGAUGAGGGCUAUCGUCUUCCAGCUCCAAUGGACUGUCCUGUGGUGUUACAUCAGCUCAUGUUGGACUGCUGGGAGAAGGGGCGCAGCGAGAGACCCAAGUUUGGACAGAUUGUCACAAUCCUGGACAAACUCAUUAGAAACCCAGCCAGCCUGCGUGACCUGGCCAACAGUUCAGUGUGCAGGGAGGACCCAACGACUCCAGAGUUCAGUGUAACCACAGUGGACGAGUGGUUGGAGGCCAUUAAAAUGGGCCAGUACAAGGAGAACUUCUCUAGUGCGGGAUAUGUCAGUUUAGACUCAAUCCUCUACAUCAGUGUCAGUGAGCUGUCUAAGAUGGGCGUGACUCUGGCAGGCCACCAGAAGAAGAUCCUGUCCAGUGUGCAGGGCCUGCAAACGUCGGGAACACAUGUUCAAGUAUAA